UUGUCUUUGCAACAAGUGGCUAGCGUAUGUUCGUGGCAUUAGAAUCUAGUAUUGGGGAUUUAUUUCAUAAUAUUCAUCAAAAUGACGCGAUCGGUAUACACUUGUAUUAUAACUUUAUAAACUAAUUCAUCUUUUGUUUGUUGUUUUACCUCUUACUACGCUAGCACUACCCAGCCGAAGCAUUCUGCAAUUUUUCAAGUGUUCCUAAACAUAAUGACAAGGUUUUUUCCUAAACGACAAAGUUAUCAUAACUGUCAAACCGGACGUCAAAUCGUUCAAAUCAAAACGUCAAAAUUUGUUUGUAAAUGGAAAAUGUUGUAGGUUUUAUAAAAAAUCGUAAAUUAUCCUAAGAAAUUCUUACUUAAUUGAAUUAAGACUAACAUUAAUUUUAGUGUUUAAGUGCUACAUAAUUUUAGAUGACACUUGGACGCAAAUACCAGCAAUCUACUGGGAAUGCUGGGGAUGCUCGUAAGGUGUAUUCUAACCAGUCGAAGGUUGGGACUUUGUCUGGGUGCUCGUCAUCAAUAUCACUGUGCGAUAUGAUUGAACCACCUGAUUAUGAGGAGGUGUGCGACCGCCUCAUGGGCGAGCGGGACCCGCUGUCGUACCCGCCGUCGGACAUUGAACUGGUCACCGUGCCGCGGCGCAUACGAACGCUCACUCACGUGCUACCCGACGAAGACCUGUAAGUCUUAACUGUGAAUUAUUCUAGUUAAACUAAGCCCAAUAGGAAGUUUGAUUCCGAAAUAGUAUUUUUUUUUUUAGCUAUCAGUAUCGACUUUAUGACUAUGAUAUAUUAAUAAAUAGAUCAAUGUGUGUAUAACUUCAAAUCCUUAUGUAUGAGACACAUGUGAAAAAUCUACAAAAAUUCUGUACACAUUCUGUAUUCCUGACAUUGUAAAAAAUUUACAAAAAAAAAUUAUUUUAUCAUAAGUAUGUAAAAACAAAUACCAUGCAUUGACUUUAAUAUUCAUAGCAAUUCACAGAACAU